CCGUAGACUACGUCAUCCAUCAACAGUGUCGGUUUAAGCUAACCUGCAGCUAGGAAGAUGGCAUUUACUUUAUAUUCUCUUAUCCAAGCUGCCAUCUUGUGUGUCAACGCCGUGGCCGUAUUGCACGAAGAAAGGUUUCUUAGCAAAAUUGGUUGGGGAGUAGACCAAAGUGUUGGAGGAUUUGGUGAUGAACCAGGUAUCAAAGUGCAGAUGAUGAACCUUAUCCGCUCUGUGAGGACAGUAAUGAGAGUUCCUUUGAUAGCGGUGAACUCGGUCUGCAUUGUGCUGCUGCUUCUGUUUGGAUGAAGUCGGGAAAGCCUGAAGAGACGCUGCAUUGACCUCAGGAACUUCUGUGAAGACAACCCCCCUGUCAGCUUGAUUAUGAAUGUUUUCUGCAUUUGUUUCACACCAAUAUGUCUCUUUUUUCAGGCCACAAACUGAAAUUAGCAUCCACUUUCUUCUUUCUUUUGAGGAGAACUAAAUUAGAUAACACUUUUUACACGUUUUUAAGUCAUUGGAGUGGACUACUGUAAAAUCUGUGGUUUUUACUUGUGGAAGAUGUAAAUAAAGUCCUGGAUAUGUGGUGUUUAACAUGUUUAAGAAUAAACAGUUUUUAACA